GUGACCGACCAGGGACCAACACCCACAAUCAAUAAAUAUAAGAUGUAUCUGUAAUGCACUAAAACUACUCACUAAAAAAAUCGGCAGACCUUUGGCCUAAUAUAGCAUUACAUUUUUAAAAAUGUAACAAGAGAAAAAGUUCGUAAUGGAGACCGAUUGGAUUCAUGUCCUACGCGAAACUGGAAGAAGUUGGUAAAAGUAAACAAUACAGUAGAAGACACAAUCUCGGUGACCUCAAAAGUCUGUUUCGUUGUUAAAUUGAAGGCCCCUGGAAAGAAAUUAUUAAACGUUUAGAGUUAAAGUGGGUUCUACUGUCGUUUGAGCAUAGUUACUGUGCACAAAAGCUCUCAAAACGAAGGCUCACCCCGGCCCUGCAGGGUAAUUACCUACCUAAGCCUAACGUCAGUUAACAGAAUCAUAGUCUGCAACAAAGAAUAGGUCUUGUGGGUCGGGAUUGUUCAUACCUGUGAAUAGAGGGUUAGAGGUGUCCAGAGGGCAUGGCAAAGUAUGAAAGGUAGCUUGUAGUCACGAGCUGUUUCCUUAGAGCAUCUUCACUUCAGAGGGAACUAUUCAGGUACAUCACUUGAUGGAGUUUGCGGCUGAAAUCCAAUUGAGAGGUGUGACUUCGUCAUACCUGUUUACUGGAAGUGGUCGAUAACUGGUUACACACACAUGCGAUGGCGGCAUAACCACGAAAAUUUGAAGUUAAGUCUGCUGUUCGUAGGAAUCCUACAGUUGAAUAAUUGCUGGAUUUUAAUACAUGUUGCUCCGCGGACAUCAGCUCACCAGCACCGGUACAAAAGGCAGAACAUCCAAAAUGUUAAAUGAACACCUAAAGUGCCCACAUUGAAGUGGGUCAAGUGGGUGUACUGUGGCACAACAAUUCCAUCUGAUGUGAAGUAGUUAAUCAUCAGGUUGACUGAAAAGUUCUCUAGUCAGGUGUUUGGCAGGUGUUUAUUUGGAAGCUCAUCAUUUAAUAAUUUAACGUUUUCUUGUAUACAUUGAAUGGCUCAGUAUUAUUUAGAUUUUUAAGAUUUGUAGAAUUAAUGUGGAGAUGACAAGGCUAUGGCACUUUCAUGCUUAGGUGUGUCUAGAUUUUUAAGUAGUGUGAAGAUAGGGCAAAGACCAGAUUUGUUUAUUCCCAUGGUAUCUUUGUUUCUCAGUUUAUAAACCUACAGUAUUAGAAGAAAUUUUUGUUAUUUAGUAUUAAUUAAAAAUUUUAUCAAAAAAUUUGUUUUUGAUAUAUUUAGCUGGGUCAUUGUAAUUUGUGUAGCCCUUUAAUUUUUUUAAAAUAUGGAUUUAUCAUGGAAGCCAAAAAUUGGUAAUACCAAUUAUGUAAGUGCAGGCCAAGAGUGUCCUGUAAAUAUUCAUGAAGGACAAAGAUAUCCUUCAGAGCCAGCAGGAGCUAGGACAUCUUUUUCAAAAUGUGUUGAAAAAGGUUACCCUUUGGAGCAAGGAAAUGACAGGGGACUCUCAUCUAAAAUUGAACAUUUCAGUCAAGGAUUUGUUUCUGUUUCAAGUGAUAGCAGACAAAAUAGCCCAGGAAUAAAGAAAAGAAUCUCUCUCAAAAAGUCCAGCAGAAGUGGCAUUUGGGCUGCAGCUUUACCCAGUGAUACAGAAUCAACCUCUUCAGAACAUGAAGAAGAGGAAGACUUGAAUUUGGUAAAUGUUGACAAAGAAAGGAGUGAACAUCGUAGAAUGUAUCUAAAUGAAACAGAAAAUGAUGGUGAUGAUGAGAAUAGUGACACUGUCCAGGAAGAUGGUGGUGGUGAUAAAGCUGACAAAAGUGACCCACCUUUUGGUGAGGUCAGAAGAGAAGUUGUUGAAUCUGUAUCGACUGACUGUGAAAUAAGCCCCUAUUUUGCUGCUGGUGGUCAAACUAAAGAAUGUUUCACUUGUAAGGCUUGUGGUAAGAUGAUUGCUGACAGAAACAUCUAUAGAAAUCACAUUAAACAGUGCCGCCCAGAAAAGCAUAAAUGUCUAAUUUGUUGUAGAACAUAUGCAAGGAUGAGUUCAUUGAAGGUACAUAUGAAAGUUGUUCACACAAAUGAAAAGCCUUAUCUGUGUGACACUUGUGGACAAACAUUUGGAUGGGCAGGAGCUUUGAAUAAACAUAUGGCGAGCCAUUCUCAAUUAAAAUUGUUCACAUGUGAAAAGUGUGGUAAGAGUUUUGCCAAUUCCUGGAAUUUGAAGUCACAUGCUGUUGUGCAUGAUGAAGAAAAGCCCUACCAAUGCGAGGAAUGUGGCCGCAAAUUUCUCCGUCUUAAUACAUUACGUUAUCAUAAAAAAACUCACACAAAUGAGCGUCCUUUUCAGUGUGAUGUAUGCGGAAGGACCUUCACCCAGCCUAAUAGCUUAAAGACGCAUCAAAAAGUUCAUUCAGUACAUUCAAGUAAUGACCCGCCUGCUGAAGAGAAGAUUAAAAAAUACGGUUGUGAACUUUGUGGGCGCAUGUUUGCUUUAAAAAACACCUUAAAUGUGCAUAUGAUGCGCCAUAGAGGAGAAAGGCCUCAUAAAUGCCUCAUUUGUCAAAAGAGUUUCACCCAAUCAAGUACCUUGAAUAUUCACAUGCGAACUCACACAGGUGAUAAGCCAUAUGCCUGUGAUAUAUGUGGCAUGCAAUUUACCUAUAAUUAUGCCCUCCAGAAGCAUGUAUUAAAACAUGGUGAGAUUGGACAAGCAGAAGGGGAAAAAGGAGGUUUUGAAUAUGAUGAUGAUGAUGGUGACAAUGUACAAGAAAAUGCAUAUGAUGAGGAAACUGUUGCUGCUAACAAAGCAGCUGUGGAAGAAAUAAAACAGAAGAUUCUUCAGACGUUGUCCAAAGCAAAAGCUAAAGGAGGAGGUGCAGUAGAAGCAAAUGGUGAUGAAUAUAAUCAUGAUGAUUGCAACCUAAAUGAUGAUGUUAAUGAAGAUAAAGUUGAGAACACUGUGAAGACUGAAGUUCAAGACAACACGAAAAAAAUAACGCCAAAUGACUUCUUAGCUGUUUUUCAGUCUUCUUUCCAAACUUCCAAUCACAGUGAGUAGACCUAGAUAUUUAUGUUUAUCAGGAGUUCAUAUCACUGUAUUGUAAGCAUCAUCCUCUUGAGUUUGAUGUUAGGUUCCAAAACAGUAUUAAAUAUUGCCUGUCAUGUACACUUUACACUUUGAAGCACAUUAUUUCACAGUCAGGUGGAUGGCAUUAUGGAUAAGUGAGGAUGUUUGUCUUGCUUUAGAUAGCUAUUUACCUUUUGUUGCACGUUUUGAAGCUAUGGUAUCGUUUACAGUUUUGGUAAUGAUUUUCUUGAGGUUGGAAUACUCUUUUAUCAUAUGUAAAACAGUAUUUUGCUCACCUUAUUUUUGAGAUCCUAUGUUCAAUUAGAUAAUUAUUUUUCAAAUAUACAGUGUGGUGCUGUAAAUAGCAUAUAUGUGCAAGGCCAGGGCUUCUACAUAGAUGUGGCCUUAGGUCCUAAAAAUGCCAAAUUAGCCAUGAGUAGUUGUUUGACUGAUAUAUUUAUAUUAGGCUGCCGUACUGUUUUGGUGUAGAUCUUUUUUUUUUUAUAAGUACUAGAAUAUAUCCUUCAACAUUUUCAUCUUCCCUUGUCAGUACUUCUUGAAUAAACAUAAGUGAUGAAAAACAAUGUCACUUC